CACAGUCUAAUCUCAAGUCUAAAAACUAGUCAUAAAAAAUGGAAAGCAAGUCUCAGCCGCAGCCGCCGACGCCGACGCCGACGCCGAAGGUUGGGGUGGCGGUGGUUUUGGUGAAGGACGGGAGGAAAGUGCUUUUAGGGCGAAGGCUCACCUCCAUCGGCUACAAUACUUUUGCUCUCCCCGGCGGCCACCUUGAGUUUGGGGAGAGCUUUGAGGAAUGUGCUGCCAGAGAGAUGAAGGAGGAGACUGGUUUAGACAUUGAGAAGAUAGAGUUCUUAACUGCAACCAACAACUUCUUCUCUGAGGACGGAAAACCUCAUGUACAUCUUGUUUGCAUUUUCAUGCGUGCAGUCUUGGCUGAUCCUCAUCAAGUACCCCAAAAUCUAGAGCCUGAGAAAUGUGGUGGCUGGGAUUGGUAUGACUGGAACAAGUUCCCAAAACCACUGUUUGGACCACUAGAAACUAUGCUGCAGGGUGGUUUUAAUCCUUUCCCAGCUGAUAAUAAAUGAUAUUAGAUAUUGCUCUGCCUUGCUGCUGGCAGAUUUUCUAUGUAUCUCAAAUUUACUUACUUUAUUGGUGCACAAUGGACUAACGAAACUAGAAGUGUUGAACUUGUGAUUUUCUUGGAUUUGACAAUUUGAAAAUCGGUAUUGGGUUGAACUAACCCAUCAGUUUAUGUGGGUGAUAUCUGCUUAUGAUAGUGAUUGUGGUAAUAUAUAAAUGGUUCUGAUUUGCUUGAUGCUA